CCGAGGAGGUCCCCCGUCCAACGGCGCCAAUUUAAUGGAUCCGACCAUCGGUUGGUACCAACCGGAGCAGUACGGCCCCGCCAAGGACCUUUGGUUGCAUAUCUGGGAGGCUGAGAAGGGCCUCGACGUCCUCACCCUGCGUAACGACGCGAACACGAGUAACGCGAUGGGCGUGCGGCUGCAACAAGACGGGCGGACCACGACGACGACGACGGCGGCGGCGGCAGCGACUGCGGCGACGAUCGCGGCCGGCAUCAUGCCGUUAUCCAACGCCAACACCGGCACCAGCGGCAACGGCAACGGCAGUGGUAACGGCGGUAAUGCCAGCAGUAGUAGCAGCACCAGCAGUAGCAACAACAAUAGCAAUAGCAGCAACAAUAGCAACGGUAGCAACGGCCGGGCCGCGUCCGCUGUUCACGGCACUGCCGCCGGCAACGGAAACGGCGAGCACCGCGUGCCCCUCAACGCCGGCAACUUCUAUUACAAUCCGUCCCGCAGGAAAGGCGACAAUCGGGCGAGCACCUACGGCAUGAAUUACAAUUACGAUGCUCUUGUGGGCGAGUACGGCGGCUGUCCUUGGCGCGUGCCGGACAAACACUACUCCAAGGGGGUGAUAGGAUUACACGAGGAAAUAGAAGAUUUUUUUGCAUACAUGUGCCCCUCGCACGAAGAGCAUGUAUUAAGAUUGACAGUUGUAAAAAGAAUAGAAAGUGUAAUUUAUGAUCUCUGGCCAGAUUCGAAAGUUGAAGUAUUUGGUAGCUUUCGCACUGGUUUAUAUUUGCCUACGAGUGAUAUAGAUUUGGUAGUAAUAGGAAUGUGGACAAAUCUUCCAUUGCGUACUUUGGAACGUGCUUUGCUAGAUCAAAAUAUUGCUGAGCCAUCAUCUAUAAAAGUGUUGGACAAGGCCAGUGUACCGAUUGUCAAACUGACUGAUAAGGAGAGUGAGAUUAAAGUGGACAUUAGUUUCAACAUGAACAAUGGUGUCAAAUCUGCCGAGUUAAUAAAUUCUUUUAAGAAGCAAUAUCCAGUUCUGGAGAAGCUAGUCAUGGUGUUGAAGCAGUUUCUAUUGCAAAGAGAUCUUAACGAAGUGUUCACCGGUGGUAUAUCCUCAUACAGUUUAAUACUCAUGACUAUCAGUUUUUUACAAUUACAUCCGAGAAAGGAUAUUCAUUGUCCAAACACCAACCUGGGAGUAUUGUUAAUUGAAUUUCUAGAGCUAUAUGGUAGAAAGUUCAACUAUGUUAAGACUGGCAUACGCGUAAAGGAUGGUGGUCUUUAUAUAUCUAAAGAGGAGAUUCAACGAGAUAUGAUAGAUGGUCAUCGACCAUCCCUGUUGUGUAUAGAAGAUCCGCUCACACCCGGAAACGAUAUCGGCCGUAGUAGUUACGGUGCUUUGUAUGUAAAGAGUGCAUUUAAUUGGGCCUAUUGUAUUCUCUCUCAAGCGGCCAAUCCCUCAAAUAUCUUAAUCAAUGACGCCAGUAAAGUAAGCAUACUGGGAAGAAUAAUCCGCGUGACUGAUGAAGUAAUAGAAUAUCGUAAAUGGAUUAAAGACACAUUCCUCUUACCCAUAAGCGAAGGAGAUUCUCUGUCAAGUUCAACUGGUUCUGAUGCGUCCACUCUUUCAGCUCCCGCCAGUGAUACGGACUCCGAGUGUAGUCGUGGCAAUUCUCCAAACACUGGUGGGAAGAAUGAAAACGACAAAAACAAAGAUAGGCACUUUUAUAAUAGUCACCAAAUCCACAGUUAUUCUGGAAGAAAAGCAUUCAAAACAACCACUCACGCCAGUCACCAACAGAGCUUCAAAGGCAGCUAUAAUCGCAUCAACAACAAUAUAGUUGGUCAGAACAAGACCAAGCACGCACUCCACAGUAAUGGAAACAACAACAACAAUAAUAAUAACAAUACUAGUCACAGUCCAAGCUCUAGGCCAAACUCGAUGAAGAGGAAGAAGCAGUGUACGAUGCAACGUGGAACCGGAGAUUGUGUACGGUGAUGAAACGUGCACGAUAAUUUUGGACAUUACUUCCGUCACUUAAGUAGCGAGCUCAAUAUCAUAACUGUGUGAUAGAAAGACAGCGAUUAAUAAUCGGUCAUGUAAUAACUGAACAUCCUACGCGACUUCACUUUCAGUUUCAGUUUCUCUGUACAGAAGGGCACAACGGUUUACGGUUCUGAGAGAACCAACAAUUUGAAAAAUUUAUGAUUCUUGUGCAAAACAAGACUGCCCAUACAAGCAGUAGCUAUACAUAUAUAUACAUAUUUCUUAUUGUUUUCCCAUUUACCAGAAUCAUAUUUUUUGCUCUGUAUGCAAAAGUUUAAGAAUUUAAGUCUUUAAAAAUUAAAGACGUACGAAUUUCUAAUCGAGAAUCGAGAUAAGAUCCAUUUCGCUUUCACGGUUCGUUGCAUAAGUUAUAAACGGUACCCAGUGUAAUAAUAUUUUAUUAAUUAUCUCAUCUAUAAGAAAAAAAAUCUGAAAAUUAUCAUUACCAUCGUCGAAUAGUAAUUGUGUUCACGGCCAUGAUGAGUAACAUAUUGUAAUUUAAAAGUACGAAUAGUAUACAGACGAUAAGUUGUAGUUUUUCUCAACACAUAAAAAACUGUAAAACACGCUAAUAGUGACAACAAAAAACUUAGUUUUCUAUACGAAACUAUAUUCUUAUAACAAGGUGACAGCAAAUUUGGUGAUAUUGGGACUUAUCUAGUGUACAUAUUGUAAUAUACAACAUAUAGAGAAGUAAGUCUAAGAGUUACCUAUUGAAUUCUUUUUUAACUUAUAAAUAUUUAAAAUAGUGAUUACAUUAUUAUAGUGAUUUUAUCAUAACAAUUUGUGAAUGGAGCCAUAUCUAUUUAAAACUAUAAAUUUUUUUGUUUUUUUUUUUCUCUAUAAAGUAUAAGUAUAUUGUUGUUGAAAGAUUUUGGUAUGUUUUUCAGAUUUUAAUAAAAUUACAGGUUUACAAGUACGAUGGUUAAAAAAAAAUAAAUUUUGAAUAAUAUUUUUAAAAAGUAGCUUAUUAUUGAGAUCGAGUGAUGACAACGCUUCGAAUCUUCACAGUCUAUUUCGUAGCAACAAUUUUUUUUCUUUUGCAAAUUAGCUUUAUCUACUUUUUUGUACAAAGAGACGCCAGUUUUUUCAUGUUAGCAUAAUUCUUAAUAUCCUCUGAACAAUGAUGUAUUAUUUUUAUAUCAGAUAAUUGAAACAAAACACAUGUUUGUAUUAUACAAAGGGAGAAGAAAACGAAGAAUCUGAUAUUUAUGAAUCUUACAUUGCAUUUUAUGAAAACUUAUGUAUAUGACAAUACGCGAAAAGGCCUUGACAUUACUUAAAAGCUCCGUACGUUACGUUCGUCGAUCGUGGUAGGCAUAGUUCACUUUCACAUAUUACAUUCCGUUGACGCAAUAAUUAAUAAUACAAAAUAGAAUGAGUUUACUCUGCAACAAAUCUCUUUGAUGACAUCAGAUCAAAAUCCCUUUCAGGUGCUACUGCAUUUUUGUGUUCAACGAUUUUUUAAAUGUGCGAUGUAAAGAUUUAUCUCUUGUAACUCUUUAAUUUAGCCACGUAAAAUGAGGAUGUUUAGCUCUGAUAUAUCUUUUUAAAUUAUAUAUAACACCCAGUAUUCCGUGUAUAUUAUUUAACUUAAAGCUCUUUCAUAUGUAAUAUUGUACGCUGUGAUUGAAUUUAAUAAUUAAAUUGUCAAUUGCUUAAAGAUAUAUAUAAAUAUAUAUAAAUAAUUUAAAUGUUAUUGUAAAGCAUUAUAUAAAGCCAUACUACAUUUUUAAAACUAUGUAAACUAUUAUUAUCGAUUAGUGAUCCUAAACAAAUUACGUGUUUUUUAUAAAUAUCAGAAUUUCGUAAUCAUUGAAAGUUUGAUAACGAAACUUCGUGAUCACUCAUAUUUAUCGAAUUUAUCGAGACUUACCGGACCGUCUGUAAAAAAAAUCCGCAAAAAAAUGAAAAAAAAGUUUAAUAAAUAUGAAUGAUGCCGAUA